CCGGACUACCACUCCCGACGGGCCCCGCGGACCACAGCACCACUCCCGACGGGCCCCGCGGUGCCGGACCACUACUCCCGACGGGCCCGGCGGUGCUGGACUAACACUCGUAACGGGCCCCGCCGCGCGGGACUAGAAGAUGCUGGUGGCGGCGGCCGCCGAACGGAACAAGGAACCCAUCCUGCGCGUGCUGCAGCAGUACGUGGACCCGGCCCAGCGCGGCGUCCGCGUGCUCGAGGUGGCCUCGGGCUCUGGCCAGCACACGGCCCACUUCGCGCGGGCCUUUCCCCACGCCGAGUGGCAGCCGUCCGACGUGGACCAGCGCUGCCUGGACAGCAUCUUGGCCACCACUCAGGCCCAGGGACUGCCCAACGUGAAGGCCCCGCUGUACCUGGACGUGAGGUGGGAUUGGGAGCAGUGGGGCGGGAUCCUGCCGCAAUCUUUGGACCUGCUACUCUGCAUCAACAUGAGCCACAUCAGCCCCCUGAGCUGCACCGAGGGGCUCUUCAGAGCAGCAGGACACCUGCUCAAACGCAAGGCGCUCCUCAUCACCUAUGGGCCCUAUGCCAUCAAUGGGAAGAUUUCUCCCCAGAGUAACGUGGACUUUGACCUCACCCUCAGACGCAGGAACCCAGAGUGGGGGCUGCGGGACACGGCCCUUCUGGAGAACCUGGGCCAGGCCAGCCAGCUGUUCCUGGAGAGGAUGGUGGACAUGCCAGCCAACAACAAGUGCCUCAUUUUCCGGAAAGAGUAAACCCCUUCUCCGCCAUGCCUGUGUCCCUGGGACAAACCCAGAUCACCAGCCCCUACCACCCUGGGCCAGACUAUGGGGACUGGCCCUCCCCAGACUGGGGAUUCUUAGCUAGUGGCCACAGGGCUGCUAAGAGCCUGGGAAUAAAGUGUUUCCUGCUGUCCCAUU